GUACCUUCCUCCUUCCCAAGUUAAAUUUGCUGGGCUUUCUUCUCGUGCCCCUUUUGUCAAAAACAAAAGCAAGAGAGUCACCCAGACUCCGCAUUUCUCGUGACAGGACGUAAGCACAGCACCAAACUCUCUCUCCCUCUCUCUCUCAGAGACAGAGAAACACCUGGCCCGUGAAGCGAUUGUCCUCUGUCCUCGGUGCUCUUCUCGCCUUUUACUUCCCUCACCUCUUCCACGUUCGCGCUCUGAUGGGCGAGUCUCAGUCUCGAAGUCGUUUUCUCGACCGAUUCUGUGCGCUGAUUUGAGCGAGGAGCAGGAUGGGCACACCUCCUCUGCCCACAACCCACGUUCCGUGAGCUCUGCUCUGCUGCUUUUGGUCUCACCUCCGUUCUUCGUUAGCUCGCGCCUUGUUCUCUAGCGCUCGUAUUAUUAUUGUUCUGCAUCUAAAUGGGGCCGUCGAUUUCACAUCAAGUUCGAAUCUUGUCCUCGGCAACUUUUCCCCUCUUGAAUGGUCCGGUCUCGACAGAGUUGAAAUCGAGUACUAAUCGGGAGGGGCUUUAGGGGGACAUGGUCACUCCUAGGGAAGAAAUCUUGCAAAUGGGUUUCGUCGUUUCCGGCGGAUUUUUGAGAAUGUGAGUGUUCUUGUGCAGAGGGGAAGAGUGUGAGAGAAAGCCCAAAAAUAGAAAAAUCAGUCUACGGCAGAAGUGGGUUUCGUCUCUGAUAAUAUAAAGGUUACUUCUUUGGAGGAAAUGCAAGUGAAGAGGGGGCGAUAGGCUAAAAUGGCAACGCUGUGCCUGUUCACUCUUUUAAUAGCAGGGGUUUUGUCAAAUCUGGGGCCUGUGGUGUGUGCUCGGCUCAGUGAUGAAGCUACACUGUUGGCCAUCAAUGAGGAGCUUGGAAUACCAGGAUGGGGCUUCAACGGCUCUGAUUUCUGCUCUUGGCCUGGCAUUGGCUGUGACCUGAGCAAUUCCACUGUGGAAGAGCUUGACCUCUCUCAUCGAUUCCUCAGCGGUAAUGUCACUCUCAUCUCUGAUCUGAGAGCACUCAAAAGGCUUGACCUUUCCGGCAAUAACUUCCAUGGUUUGGUCCCUCCGGGUUUCGGUAACUUAUCUGAGCUUGAAUUUCUUGAUUUGUCCAUGAAUAAGUUUGGUGGGUCGAUUCCCAAGGAGUUGGGUGGUCUCAGGAAUCUUAGAGCACUAAACCUCUCCAGUAACUUGCUCACUGGGGUAAUACCUGAUGAGCUAGAGAGCUUGGUGAAGCUCGAGGAUCUUCAGGUUUCUACUAAUCAGUUGAAUGGUUCGAUACCGUCUUGGGUGGGUAACUUGAGCAGUUUGAGCGUUUUCUCGGCUUAUGAGAACGAUUUAGGAGGAAAGAUUCCGGAUAAUCUUGGUGCGGUUUGUGAACUUCAAUUGCUGAACCUUCACUCGAACCAGCUUGAAGGAUUAAUUCCCAAAAGCAUAUUCGUGAUGGGGAAGUUGGAAGUUUUAGUUCUUACCCAAAACCAACUGGGUGGGUAUAUUCCUGAAGAGAUUGGUAACUGCAAAAGUUUGUCGAAUGUUCGGAUUGGGAAUAACAAUCUCAUAGGACCCAUUCCAUGGGCGAUUGGAAAUGCUAGCAGCCUUACCUAUUUUGAAGCAGACAACAACAAUUUAUCUGGCGAGAUUGUUUCCGACUUUGCUCAAUGCAAAAAUCUUACCCUCCUAAAUUUAGCCUCUAAUGGUUUUACAGGAUCAGUGCCCGUGCAGCUUGGGAUUCUUGGGAAUUUGCAGGAAUUGAUUCUUUCCAGUAACAAUCUCUCCGGUGAUAUUCCCUUGUCGAUUCUUGCAGGCAAGAAUCUCAACAAGCUCGAUCUUAGUAACAAUAGAUUUAACGGCUCCAUUCCUAAGGAAAUUUGCAACGUGUCAAGGUUGCAGUACUUACUUCUAGGUCAGAAUUCUGUAAAGGGAGAGAUACCUUAUGAGAUUGGAAAUUGCGUGAAGCUGCUUCAGUUGCAUAUCGGGAGCAAUUAUUUGACCGGCAGCAUUCCUCCUGAGAUAGGUCACCUCAAGAACUUACAGAUAUCUCUGAAUUUAAGCUUUAAUCAUCUCCAUGGGCCACUUCCGCCUGAGUUGGGAAAACUGGAUAAGCUUGUCUCUCUAGAUGUCUCCAACAAUCAGCUCUCUGGCGCUAUCCCUCCUGAUUUUAGGGGAAUGUUGAGCUUAAUAGAGGUAAAUUUUUCAAACAAUUUUCUCACUGGCCCGGUACCUAAUUUCGCGCCUUUCCAGAAGAGUUCCAAUUCAAGCUUUCUUGGAAACAAAGGGCUUUGUGGAGAGCCAUUGACCUUCUCAUGUGGAAGCUCUAGGGGGCCUGACCAUGGGGGUUAUCAUCACAGGGUUUCUUACAGAGUCAUACUAGCCGUUAUUGGCUCUGGUUUGGCAGUUUUCGUGUCUGUUACUGUAGUUGUUCUUUUAUUUAUGAUGAGGGAGAGGCAAGAAAAGGUGUCUAAAGCUGCAGGGGUUCCAGAGAAUGAAACCAGUGAUCUCCCAACAAUAGUGGCGGGGAAUGUCUUUAUUGAUAACCUCAAACAAGCCGUAGAUCUUGAUGCUGUCGUCAAAGCCACAAUGAAAGAUGCCAAUAAGCUCAGUAGCGGUACUUUCAGCACAGUUUAUAAGGCAGUUAUGCCUUCAGGGCUGAUUCUGUUGGUGAAGAGACUGAAAUCUGUUGAUCGAUCCAUACUUCAUCAUCAAAACAAGAUGAUUAGAGAGCUAGAACGGCUUAGCAGACUGUGUCAUGAUAACCUAAUGCAGCCCAUUGGGUUUGUGAUUUACGAAGAUGUUGCCCUUUUGCUGCAUCACUACUUACCAAAUGGGACUUUAGCGCAGUUACUGCACGAAUAUACCAAGAAACCCGAGUACCAACCCGACUGGCCUCAAAGACUAUCAAUUGCUAUAGGUGUGGCUGAGGGUCUGGCUUUCCUUCAUCAUGUUGCGGUGAUUCACCUCGAUAUAUCUUCAGGUAAUGUAUUCUUAGAUGCAAACUUCAGUGCCGUGGUUGGGGAGGUUGAGAUAUCGAAGCUCUUAGAUCCAUCUAGAGGCACUGCAAGUAUUAGCGCAGUUGCAGGAUCCUUUGGGUAUAUUCCUCCAGAGUAUGCAUAUACGAUGCAAGUCACUGCACCUGGAAAUGUGUAUAGUUACGGUGUCAUUUUGCUCGAGAUCCUUACAACAAGGAUGCCGGUGGAUGAGGUCUUCGAAGAAGGGGUGGAUUUGGUGAAAUGGGUUCACAGUGCUCCUGCAAGAGGGGAGACCCCGGAGCAAAUUCUCGACGCGAGGCUCAGCACAGUCAGUUUUACGUGGAGAAAGGAGAUGCUGGCAGCUUUGAAGAUUGCAUUGCUCUGCACCGACAGCAUCCCGGCGAAACGCCCGAAAAUGAAGAUGGUCGUGGAAAUGCUUCAAGAGAUAAAGCAGAAUUAAUCAUCUCAUACUUUUAACACCGUUGGAUCUACAGUCCAGAAUUGGUAAUCUUCAGGGCCUAGACGAUUGUAACCUGCGGACGCGUAACACAUCUGCCGGAAAAUGUCAUUUACGAGGGAUGUGGCAGGUUCAUCGCAACGCUCAUCAUCCAUCGACGAGAUUCGAUCGGAUUUGGAGCUCAUAGUUGAUGACAUUCACAAGUAACGGAAAAAAAAUUUGCCUAGAAGGGAUCAGUUUUACUGAGCUUCAUCUUUUAUAGUGGGCCUGCAAUUGUAUUUUUGAUGUCUCUAGUUGGAACUGUGUUGAGUUCUUUGCUAUUAUACAAAUCAUAUCUACACUCCAAUGGGAGUUUUCUGACCUUGAAGUGGG